GUGUGUCCAUGGCACUUCUCUUUCUUAUACUAUAUAAAUGAAACUAGUUACACUGUCUAAAGAAUCACAACUCAUUUGAAGAAUCACAACUCACAACAAGCCAACAAAUUAAUUAGCAACAAUGGAAGCCAUUAUCCUCACAAAGGAACUAGUGAAGCCAUCCAUGCCAACACCUCCACACCUAAGAAAUCACAAAUUGUGCCUUUUUGAUCAACUAACACCUGCAGUAUGCAUCACACCUAUCUUCUUCUACAAAAACAACACCACUGCAAAUUUUUUUGAUAAUCAUCUCAAGACGUCACUCUCAAAAACCCUAACGCUGUUUUAUCCACUUGCUGGAGCGCUGAGUUCAGAGGAGCCAACUUUUGUUGAUUGUAACGAUAAUGGAGUUCUUUACGUGGAGGCUCACGUAAAGAAUGUUUCUUUGGAUGAAUUUCUUCAGGACCCUGAACUCCCUCAACUCAUCAACUUCCUUCCACAAAAUUCCAGCUUGAGUAGCACGAUGAAUUAUGUGCAAAAUCUUGAAACUCCAGUUUCUAUACAAGUUACUAGGUUUAACUGUGGUGGAAUAGCAAUUGGCGGGGUCUUUUAUCAUAAGCUCUUGGAUGGUGUAUCAAUGGGUAUAUUUUUCGACACAUGGGCUAAGAUUGCACGUGGUGGCGAUAAUGGAGUGGAGGAGACUUGUCUUGAUUUCACAUCAUUAUCUCUACUAUUCCCAACUUUGAAUCGUGCUAAUGAGCUUUUGGAAACUAAAAAUAUGAUGAUUUUCGAUGAGGGAAAGUCCAUCGUUAGGAGAUUCGUGUUCAGUGCCAGAGCAAUUGAAGCCAUUAAGGUGAAAGGGUCUACUGAAAGUGUGCCUAAUCCAACUCGAGUUGAGGCAUUAACAGCUUUCAUUUGGAAGCACAUGAUUUUAGCAACAAGAGCAGUUAAUGGAAUUAGUUCCAGACCAUUCAUGGUGUCACAUGCUGUGAACUUGAGAUCAAGAUUUGAUCCACAGUUGCCUAAUGCUAUUGGGAAUUUAGUCAGUCGAACAAAUAGUGGUUUUAGAGAAAUAAUUAGUGAAGUAGUUGAGUUGCCUCAGUUGAUGGAAAUAGUGAGGGAGAUGUUUGAGAAGAUGAAUAAGGGAAACUUGUUGAAGGCCGUAGGAGGUGAUAAUGUUCUUGAUGGUCUUGUGGCUUUUGGAACACAAUUUGAGAAGCUGUUGCCACAUACUUGCAAGUUUUCAAGUUGGUGCAAUUUUGGAUUCUAUGAUGUUGAUUUUGGAUGGGGAAAGCCUGUGUUUUUUGCUCCCUUCAUUGACACUAUUGGUUCUUCGAAUAAGCAACAAAUUAUUCUAGUGGAAAGUGGAAAGUGUGGCGGAAUUGAGGCUUGGAUACUUAGAAACAACGAGGAAAUGAUUGAAUUGGAGAAUGAUGAAGAAUUUCUUGCAUUUGCAUCACCAAAUCCAAAUGUUCAAUAUGCCCCUUGAGCUGUUGUGAAGUUUCUACAAACGUUUUGUUUGAAAUCUAUUUGAAUUUGACUCAUCGAUGAUGUUCUUAAUAUAUGAACUCUUAUGUGGAGAAUAAUAAUGUAGGGUGUGUUAUAUAUGUGCAAGGUGUGAUUUUAAGGGUAGCUUUUGUUGUUGUU